CAACAAGUUCCGUGUGGUACCUUUUAAUAUAGUCCAAUGGUCAAGUUGAGUUCAUCUAAAUCUAACGAAGGAGAACAAGUUAACUCGACGACAGGUAGAAAUCGUGCACAUUCAAAUUAAAUUAUCACAUUCAGUGCACUAUUUGGCAUAAUAGUUAGACAGUUAGAUUAUUGGUCCAUAAAUUGAUGCGCUUAAUGACUCAAUUUGACUUAGACUUACCAUUUUAUUUUGUACUAUAUUUUACUUUAAAAAUAAACGUUUUUUUUUUAAAACUUAACUUCUUAGACUUAGUAGAGUAAGUGAAGUAGUUUUAACAAAUUUUUAAAAUGCGAUGUAGGCCUAUUUAUUAUUAGUUUUUUUUCUUUUCUACAUUACAGUUCAAAUGCCAGCAUCUAAAGGUUGCGAUAAUUUUUCCACAUCAAGGUCUAUAUCAACAAUGGUUGCUCACCUUUCUGCCUUGCUUUUCCCCAUCAUCAUUAUAUAUAGUGCAGUUCCGGGAUCAAGUAAGUCAAGCAAUUUUUCAAUAACCAGUGUAAUAUAUUAUUAUAGUCUAUAGUUAUUUAUCUGCAAUGAAUUUGGGGAAAUAGGCUAAGGGCAAGGGGCAAUCCAUAAUUAAAUGAUAUGCAAUUUUUGCCCCUCCCCCACCCCCUAUAAAACAUCACAAACCUCUGCAAUCCCCCACCAACCUAAAAAUCCAUCUGCCCACUACUGUCCUUUACAAACCCUUUAAAAAAAAUCCUCUCCAAUAUAUAUUGAAUUGCUGCACCUGGCUGCUUCAUAAACAUUUCCUUUGAACAGUGGUUCAAAAACAGGGGAGAAAGCGCCCCAUGUGGUGCAAAGAAUUUCCUUUGCUACCAUUGCUAGUUGUCCCUGCCUUUAAAAAUAAAAUCAGUUUUAUACAUUUGAUUAGCACAGUAAAUGUUUUUUCUGGUAAAUUCUUCUUGCACAUUACUUAUAUUGGUAAUUUUUGUUUCUUGUUUCUAGAAAGUUUAAGAAAUAAAAUGACAAAAACUAAAUUAUUUAAUCAUUUUCAUUUUUUAAAUUUUAUUUCAAUAUAAUUUAUAAGGGGGAUCCUCCAGCCCCAGUAUAAAUUAUAUUGCAAUAAAAUGUGGAAAAUGUUUAGAAAUUGAGAGGGGUUAGAGCACUGCAAAAAGGUUAAGAAUCCCUGCCCUAGAAAAUUUAUGAAGAUUUUUUUCAAGAAUGUUCUACUUUUAAUUUGACGUCACAUUGCUUAAAACCCCUUCCUCCCUCUCAUCACACAUGAUCGCAAAAUUUCAUUUCUCUCUUCCCCCCCACCCCUUUUUAGAAGCCUCUUUAGAAGCCUGACAUCAUUUAUAGAUGGCCCCUAAUUUCAUGUAGAAUCUAAUUGUUUUUUAAUUUAUCUAAGUUCUUUGUUAAAUUUUAUUUUAUAGGUCUCUUUUCAUGGCAUCCGACUCUGAUGGCUUUAGGGGUAAGAAUACAGGCCCUUAUACUGACAUUGAUUAUGCGUGUUGAAAAUAAUUUUAUUUAUGAACUAAAGUAUUAAAUAAAAAUGUAACCAUGGGUAAGAUUUAAGAUGGUAUUUAUGACUUUUUUCCCAUUUCAGUUCUUAAAUUUUAAGUCAUGUCUAAGCUGUGUUUGUUAGAUUCAUGAUUACUUACUCAGUUACUGAGCUAUAAUUAAUAAUAUAAAUAAUAUAUAAAUAGUAAUAUUUAAGUAAAUUUUGAUGAAUCUUCAAUUUUUCUGGUCUAAAAAAUGAGAAUUAAUGAGACACAAUAAGUGUAAAUAAAACAAUAUAGGUUAUGUUUUAAUAAUGGUUACACAGAAUACAAAUGCAAAUGUUUUGGCAAAUGCCUUCAUCAGUACAAAAAACAAACAAAAAGACAAAAAUUCAUAAAAGUAUAAAUGAAAUUUACAUUAUAUAUAAUAUAUAUAUAUAUUUAUCCUACCUAAAAAUGACAGAAAAGAAAAAGAAUAGGCACAAGUCCCUGACAAAAACAAUAUGUUAUAGUUCUAGGUAAUAUAUGCCAUUUAAGGGGAUACAUAAUAUAUAUAUCUAUAAUAAAAAUUAGAAAAGUUCCUUCCUUGAAUUAAAAAACCUUAGUAUAUGAAAAACUAUAAUUCAUUUCCUAUUUAAUGUCUAUUCAUUUCAAUAACUUAUAUAAGUAUCCCUUUUAAAAAAAAGUUACAUGUGCUUCUGUCUUCUUAUUACAGAUAAAAUCUUGUAUCAUUACCCAAUAGGUCAAGUUUUAUUAUUAAUUUUUUUUUAUUGCAUAUGUUUUUCAGUGUUCCUUAUUGAUGUUAGAGGGCAUUGUUAUCUUCUCUAAAAGCUCAUCUCUUUUUCCCAGUCUCACUCGGCCUUGGAAGGCAUCAAUCCACUAUUGGCUAAUGGGUAGUGGUGUAAGCUUUACUAUUGCGGGUUAGUAAUCUCUAGUUUUAAUAAACAGUUUUUGAGCCGCAAGGCUUUUUGGAAGCAGAGAUGAUUGCCAUUAAUGUAGCAUUAUACCGACUGUCCAUAAUUAUCACAGCAUAACCGACAAAACAAAGAAAGGUUGUCACCUUCUCUGAUUAAAAAUAAAUGAUUCAGGUAACUGAACACCAAGAUCUUACAACACUUUAAACUAGUUUUAAAAAAACAACUCUUUCUUGAAACCUAUGCAGUUCAAUUAAAGCAGCCAAGCUAACCUUGCAGUUGAUACCAGAAUCUGUAUACAGUGAAAUUAGAGACCAGGUGCACUAACAUAUCAGGAUACAUUCCAUGAACAGCCAAACAUACCUACAUCAUAGUCAAGCUGAUUAGAGCUAAAAGAAAAGAAAAAUAUUUAAAUGGAUGGCCUAUGAGCUCAAUAGGAAGAUUUUUGUUUAUGCCUAUUCCUAGUCCCAAUUCUAAAGACCCUAUUAGGUGCCUCCAAAGAUAGGAGGUGGUCAUAAUCUUCUGCCUGCACACAGUACACAUCCAACUAAUGUCACAACUCAAUUGCAUUAAAUCCAGAACACCAACAUGCCCCCUCAGUAAACAUAAAAAUGAGACAGUAAACACAAUUUUCACAGCCCAGCAAUCCAGGACUUUCAUCUUAUACACCAAAAUUAUCAGUAUUACACCUUGUCGGCAGACAAAUACAAACUGAAGAUGACCUGCACAUUUUUUACUAUGACAUUAAGCUGAAGGGCACAUGACCAUAUGGCUUCUAGUUUAAGAGAUAUGAUGCUGAAUAUUUGCUUUUAUCCGUUAUUUGGUCUCACUUUGUAUAAGCAGAUAUACUUUAAGUAUAAAUGUAAUUUCGAUGAAAAUAUAGCUUAUAAUGCUUAACAGUUUUAUUUUUAAUUAAUCUGUCUGCGAGCAAAUGUAACUAGUAAUUAUGAUAUUGAAAAUUUUACUUUGGCAGGCUUGGUUAUAAUCUAUUUGAACAAAGAGCAAGCUGGCAAGUCCCACUUUACCUCAUGGCAUGGACUUUUUGGUGUUAUAACAGUUGGCUAUGCCUGUGCUCAGUCCACAGGAGGAGCCUUAGCCAAAUACUACAAAUAUGUUGGUGGUAUUAUCAAAGUGCGUUUAUUAUUAUUUUAUUUUAAAAAUGUUUGGCAUAAAAUAAUAUUUUAAAAUAAAUAGCCCACAUGCCUAAAACUUGCAUGUGUUAACUGCCAUAACAAUAAAGAAUUUAUGAUUAUAAAUAGGGCUGUAAAAUAUUUUAUAAUUCUUCCCCAAUGCCCAUCAAUAAUUAUUGAAACCAAAUUGCCAAACUACAUCAAUACUAAUUUACCUAUGUUCCCAGCCCUAAUUAUAAUAUACAUCUAAUAAAUCUUAUAACUAUGGCUUUAGCUAUUAAACAAAAGAAAUAGUUGUCGUCAGUUUUUGGCUUCAUUAAAAUUUCAUUGUAACAUAAAAAUUAUUUGUAUUAAUUGAUUUAUUUAACUUAAAGAGCAAAUAAUUUUUCAUGCAUGUCUUUUCUUCUUUUUUAUUUUUAGAUUCGGCUUGCAGAUUUGAAAUUAUAUCAUGCAACAUCAGGUUUACUGGCAUACCUUUUGAUCACUGUAACUCUGAUAUUGUCCUUGCAGUCCAACUGGGCAGUCAGCAGUAUUAAUUGGGCCUUGUGGUAUGCAUGUUUUGCAUGUGUCUGUGCAUCUGCAUUGGUAGUCAUGACCCAUAUUACUACAACUUUCAUGCCUGGACAACAAAAUAAACCUUAACUUAGUUAAGACUUUGUAUGUCUGUUCGCCCUUUUAUACUUGAAACUUUUUUGCAGAAUUAUGUCAUUAUUUUAUAAUAAUUUUAUAUUGUGAUCUUCCAAUUUAUCCAUAAUAAUUGAACUUACACUUGUUUUGUUUUUGUCAUAAAUUCAUUAUCACUUUUGAUGAUAUUAUAUUGAUUUUUUUUUUUUCAUUUAAAGAUUUACUUUAUACUUUUGAUUAGAGAAAGUUUAUGUGUGAAGAAUGUAUUGUUUGUAUUGCAAGAUAAGUAAAAAUCAUUGUCAGUAAAUUGCUUAUUAAAUAAAUAUGUUUUUCAUUUGGUAUGUAACUUUUCAUGUGGGAAUGAACUGCAGAACCCCACACCAACUUAUAUGCUCGCAUCAGACUUGGGUGGGAUUUUUUUCUGGAUAUCCUGGUCCCUAUUGUUAACAGCUACCGGUACCUUUCCUGAGAUGCUGUCCAUUGCAUUUGCUAGUCACACUUAGUAGAUCAAGAGCGGAGAUACAUGCAAACCUGCUUUCUCCUGGUUAGAAGGCAAAAUUGCUGGCAAUUUGCGACAGGUGCACCUCACUCAAAGAUAUAUAUUAAAAAAUUGUUCAUUAUUUCAUCAUUUGAUAGUAAAAUCAUUAGAACUCGUUAAUUUUUUUAAAUUGAAAUAAUCACGUAGGUACUAAAUUAGCACUGACGUUUUUUCUCUACCGCUUUACUGUAUAUUUAUUAUUACUAAAAUUUUGAUCAAACCAUUUGAUUUGAUAACUCUUAAAAGUUUAUUUUAAGUUGAGCUCUCAAUUACCCAGGCUGCCUGAAGAAUGAAGGAUUUUAGAUAACUCUGUAAGAAUAUUUACAAUUUUACAUGGUUUACUGUAUUGUUCAGAGUCUAUCCUGUUCUUUCUCCCCCUACUAUGUAAGAGCUGCAGCAUACAAUAGGGACGUUGCAACAACAAACAUUUUUUUUAAUGAAAUGUUUUUUUAAUAGGACCAAAUUUUAAGGGUGCGGCUUAUAAUGUGGAGCAGCCUAAGCUUGGAACAAUACUGUAAUUAUAAUAAAUUUGUUUUAUAAGUCUUGAUUUACAAUAAAAUUGCAAUAUUAUUUAAUAUUUGUGACUUUAUGUUAAGAAGGUAUUAUACUAAUCAUCUUUUGAUAAUAUAUUCUUUUAAAUAUACAUUUCUCAAAUUCUUAAAUUUUAAAAACUUGAUGAAUAAAAAAAUUCAAAAAUGAUAGUCCUCUGUAGAGUAUAAUUAGGGUCCUGUAGAGUAGAGCUGAGUACAGAAGAUUUGUUUGGGGUGUUGAUUAGUGCAGUAGAAUUGAUUAUGUUCCAGAUUAUCCAUCUUAAACUGGAGUGUGGGAAAGUUUGAUAACUGAAUAUGGUGUGUUUUCCCGAACUGCAUGGAAAGAAAUUAAAUUCUAUAUUUUUUAAUGGUUUAGAACAAUAGAAAAAGCAACAUAUUUCAUACACAUUAUCUUAACUUGUCACGCUGCCGAUUUUUUUUCUAAACACAAGUUCACUCUUUGAUAUUAAAAUUUAGUUAUGUUAUACUAUUCUGUAAAUUAGGAGAUCAGCAAACUAUUUAAAAUUAGUUGAAUAAGAAACCAUCUUUAAAAAAUAUUAAUUUUGAGCUGUUUAUAAAAUAUUAUAUUUAUUUAUAGGUAUAAAUAAUGAAAAUCAGGGCAGAAAAACAAUUAUUUUAUGUACCAUUUCAGCAAUGAAACAAAAUUGGUACCGAUACUGGUAAUCUUUGAAUAUGCUUAAAAUGGUGCCUUAAGUAAAUAUGAUUCAAGAAGAUAAAAAGAAGUGGGGUGGGGGAAGUGGUCAAAGAGCCAAAAAAUGCAUACCAAUACAACUCAAGAUACAUUUUACAGAAAAAAAACCUCAAAUAACCUGACAUCAAUUACCGAUAUAUCAUAAAUUACCCUGAAGUUUGAUUAUCUGUAACCGUUUCUUGUGAUACAUCAAAGGGAGGUAACAAUUACAUAUUGACAAGAACAUAAAUAAAAAAUCACACAUAUUGGAUGUUCUGGAUUUAUCUUUAAAAAGGGAUUCUACCAUUAUUAUUUAAAUAAAAACUGCUUUAAUUUAUGUCAUUUGGUAUGUCAUAGAAUAUUUGGGUAUUGUGCAUAAUCUGGACCACUCUUAACAUAAUCAUUCUGGAUAGUCUAAUUUCCACUGUGCCAGCAAUAGGGCCUGAAUAAGCCCUUUGAGGACCCUGGAAAAAGGUCUCAGAAAACUUAAAAUAAUAACACUGCCUGAACCCCUGGAGGAAUAAAAAUUGUGUAUUUGUAUAUGCAAACCAUUUUAUAAUUAUCCAAAAUAUGAAAGAGGCUACUGUUGACAACAUGCUAUUUCAAAACACUAAUAGGGGUGUAACAUUUAAAAAUUUUCAACAUUUGUCUAGUAUAAAAACUCAGGUUUUUAAAUUUUUUUGUUACUAAUUUGGUUGGUUAUACCUGUAAAAUGGGGUCUUUAUGAUAUUGCAUAGGAUUGUUACUGUAGUUAUUUGAUAAAAUUUUAAAUAAGAAAUAGAAGUAGUUUUGUAUAGGCCUAUUGGCACUGCUUUCAAUGUCACCCAGUGCUAAUGAUUAAUCUUAUGCUUGUAAGCCAGUCACUCUCAAAAGAAAACUUUAUCCUCUGGUGUAUUAUACUUAUAAUAUAUCUGUUCUAAUCACUGCUCAGUUUUGGUGGUACAAUUGUAACAUGUUUUUAAUAGUUCUUUUUUUUAUUGAUAAGUAGGCUUAAAUAAAAUAAAGGCCAUUACAUAUAUCAAGUAAGAAAUAAAUCAUCA